AAGAUUUGGUUUCAGUCUUCAAAUUUCGGUGUUGCAGAUGUCAAAGAAGGGAACAAGCCGAAAUAAAUUAGAAGAUACCAGUCCUUUGGUACUGUGAUAGUCUCGAAUAAUUCCAUACAGUUCUGCGACACCGAUUACCCUCUUCACGUUCUGUUUUCGAAUUUUCCUCCUCAAAUUCGAACAUAUAUUCGGGUUUUUUGACGAUUUAUCUUGCGUAAGAAAGAGGAGAGGAAAAUGAAAGAAGAGAAUCGACAAGUAAUUUAAAUUGAUAACCUGGUGACCUUCAAAGUUUAACAUUUGAAAGAAUCUUUUGGAGUCAUCAGUUGACCCCAAAAGAUUCUUUGGAAGAUGCAGAACAAAUGAAGAUUCAGACUUUAGUCAAAUGUUGAAAUCAGCACAUCUUCAGAAAAAAUAUUCUUGUCGAAAUCUUUCAAAGGAUCUUUCAGGGUCACCAGGGAGAUCUUUCGAUGAUUCUGCUGAAGAAUUCAGGAAGAUCUGCGACAAAUAAUAAUUUUUCUACGCUGGAUCUUAUGAGAAAUAACAUAAAACAGAGUAGACACCAGAUAUAUGUACAAUCUAUAAAUCAACGAUUUCAAUCGGGGUCAAUAUUACAUCAAAUGUCAUUACGAUUACAUAAAUUAGUGUUGAUACAGUCAUCAACAGAAAUUGUAAAAUUGAAAUAGAAUUCUGGUCAUGAAAGGUCAAUGGCAGUGAUUACAGUCUCUAUGAAACUCAACGAUCCACCGCCACUAUUUUCAGUCUUAUCAGAAGCCAGUGUUGUGUGGGCUGUAUGGUGCAACGAGUCAUCCAGCUAUGAAGAUAAUCAUUGCAAUUAUUAUUAUUACACUUGUCUCCUCAAUAACUGGGCAGCAUGAAGUGUGUACAAGAGACAAGGGUUUGAAAAUUUGUCAGAAAUCUGCUACCGUCAUUACGCGCGUUACCAUAGACGACUAUUCAGCCCUUGACAAUGGUUUUUUAUCAAUGUCAUUCAACAAUGACACAAUUAUUGGCCCGAGAGUCUUCAACACUGAGGAAGUCACUCGAUUUCUUCUGCAAAUGCCCUGGACCCAAGAACGUAAUAAAACAGCUCUUUCCACAUUGACUCUCCAUCCGGAUACAUUUAUUACUUCGUCAAAUAACUUCACGAUCGGUAUUAUCAGAGCAAAUGUUAACGUGAUUGGUGAUUCAUUUAAAUCUAUGACACAAUUGACAUAUUUGAGAUUUAUGUAUUGUGGCUUCACCGAAGUGCCUAUUACAAUGUUACAAUCAACCCCAAAUCUGACCGAACUGUCAUUCGAAUAUAAUUAUAUAAGCGUUAUUCCUGCCAAUGCUUUUGCCUCAUUGAAACACCUGAGAGAGCUGCAUUUAGAAGGAAAUGGAAUAACAAAUCUGGAACUUGGUGCUUUUAAUGGGCUGAACCACUUGAAUGCAUUGAACGUUGGUGGAAAUCACUUUACUGCAGUCCCCGGAAUUUUUAAUGGCUUGAAUAAACUAAAUCGCCUUGAUAUUGACCACGCAUUUAGGUACAAUGGAUUUAACAUUGAUAUUCUUCAAGAUAUACCCGCUGUUACCAAUAUUAGAAUGGGAAACAUCAACAUAACUUACUUGCAACCUGAUAUGUUCGAUUUUGUUCCUCGAUUGACACAUUUGUCUUUGUAUGGAAAUGCCAUAAUUAGUGUCCCAAAAGGUGUAUUUGACAAGACAAAAUCACUCUAUCUGCUUCACUUGGCAGCGAAUAAAAUUGGCUCGAUAGAACCUGGAGCAUUCUCGGGAUUAAAUAUGACAAUACUAUAUCUCUUGGAUAAUAUGGUUAAUAAGACAAUCGAGACUGGUACGUUCAGUGGGCUGAAUGUGAAUGAAUUAAAUUUCGAGCGGAGCAGUAUUAUAAAACUCAAACCUAGAGCUUUCGAGGGUCUCAAUGCAAAGGAGAUCAAUUUGAGUCGUAAUAAGCUGAUGCAAAUUGGUCCUGAUGAUUUCUUCGGGCUUAAGACUGGAGAACUGAAUUUAAAGAAUAAUUAUAUUUCAUCUAUUGCACCAAACGCAUUCAGGAAUGCAACAGUGAAGACUCUACGCCUCACUGGAAAUCCAAUCAGUGCUGGAGAUCAAGACAAGUGGGGUCUCUCCGCAUCAACAGAAAUAUUGAUCUAAUUAAUUGUGAGAAAUUGUAUCAAGUAAAUUGAACCUGAAAAUUA